CGUUUGGCGAGUGGGGAGGGGAUGCACCUUAAGAGAGGGUAAAAGAACGGAGCGAGUCGGGGUCUUCAACUGGCUGGACCGGACUGGUUGGCUGGGCGGAGGCUGGGCUUGCUUGGACCCGGGGCCGCUAGGUAGGAGCCAGGGUUAUGGCUCUUCCCCGGGAGCUUGGGGUCAGCCCCCUGCUCAAGUACCUGCUCUUCUUUUUCAACCUGCUUUUCUGGGUGAUUUCCGUGGUGUUGGUGGCUGUUGGGAUCUAUGCCCGGCUGUUCAAGCAUGGAGAAGCCGCCGUGGCUUGUUUUCCUAUGGAUCCGGCCGUCUUGCUCCUGGUCACUGGCGCCCUGAUGUUCUUCAUCACUUUCUGUGGCUGCGUUGGCUCCUUGCGGGAAAACAUCUGUCUGCUGCAGAUGUUCUCCUUCUGCUUGUCCCUCCUUUUCCUGCUGCAGCUGGCUGCGGGCAUUCUCGGAUUCGUUUUUUCUGACAAGGUGCAAGAGACGAUGAGUGACGUCGUCAACAAGGCCAUUGUGCACUACCGAGAUGACUUGGAUCUCCAGAACCUGAUCGAUUUUGGUCAGAAGGAGUUCAGCUGCUGCGGAGGCAUCUCCUACAAGGACUGGUCCCAAAACAUGUACUUCAAUUGCACAUACGAAAAUCCCGGCUGGGAAUUUUGUUCGGUGCCUUAUUCCUGUUGCCGGAAUCCGGAAGACGAGUUGGUCAUCAACACCCUGUGUGGUCAAGGGAUGCAGAGCCUCAGCGACCCCUUAGCCAGCACAGUCAUCCACACCAACGGCUGCAUCCAGAGGAUGGUGGACUGGAUGCAUAGCAACUUCCUGCUGAUCGGGGCAGUGGCCCUGGGCCUCACCCUCCCUCAGUUGAUUGGCAUCCUGUUGUCCCAGGUCCUGGUCAGUCAGAUCAAAAACCAGAUCAAGUUCCUGAGCUACAACCAGCGACAUCGGACCGAUUACUGGUAGCCAAGGCCAGGCCUCAGAAGGACUCCAACAGCCCCUUGGCUGAGGAGCAGAAGAUGUCCAAGCACUUCCUGCUUGGAGGUCUUCAGGAAAUGGAGAGAUCUCCGUUCCAGCUGAACUUCCAGGAACUUCAGAGGUGGACACCACCUUCUCCCUUUCUCCUGAAUUUAGGAAGAAGACUCUCCCCCCCCCCCCCCCAA